GAGCCGAGAGCCCCGAGCCCCUUACUAUUACGCGCGACAGAACAUCAAUCGGGUCUUGGAUUGAGGUUUGAGAUUGUUUGCAUCCAAUCAAACAAGUAAGAAAGAAUUGAAAUGGACACCGCCGAUCAGCUUGCAUCUGUGGGGACGUUUCAAGUGCUAAAAUUACCUCUGGGAUUUAUCCGUGUUUUGGAAUGGCUCUUUGCCAUUUUUGCAUUUGCAACAUGUGGGGGCUACUCUGGUCAGCUGCAGGUUAGUGUUGACUGCAUGGAGAAGGCCAGAAGCAACCUCGGUAUUGGCAUCGACUUUGCUUAUCCUUUCAGGUUGCACCAGGUGUCCUUUGAAGCGCCCGCGUGUGAGGGCAUUAGGACGGAACGCGUGUUCCUCAUUGGAGACUAUUCAUCCUCUGCAGAGUUCUUCGUCACCAUUGCGGUCUUCGCCUUCCUGUAUUCCCUCAUGGCCACCAUUGUCUACAUCUUCUUUCAGAACAAGUACCGUGAAAACAACCGAGGACCACUCGUUGACUUCAUAGUGACAGUGGUGUUCUCCUUCAUGUGGCUCGUCAGUUCCUCUGCAUGGGCCAAGGCUCUGUCUGAUGUGAAAAUGGCCACUGAUCCUGAUGAGGUGCAGCUCCUCAUCUCUGCCUGCAAAGUCCAGACUAACAAGUGUGGCUCUGUUUAUGGACCACGCUGGUCCGGACUCAACACCUCAGUGGUUUUUGGAUUUCUCAACUUUGUUCUGUGGGCUGGGAACAUCUGGUUUGUCUUUAAGGAGACCGGUUGGCACAAGGGUGCUUCGAAGUUAGCAGGCGGGGCAUCUGAGAAACAGUCCGGCACCUUUAACCAGCAGCCUUUCAACGAGGGAAGCUUUGACCAGUCAGGGAGCUACAACACCCAGGGAAACCUCAGCCAGCUGUCCGAGUACAGCCAGGUGGGAGGGCCCACCUCCUACUCCAAUCAAAUGUAGCCGUGCCUUUUUGAUUCGUGACUUCUGCAUUUAAAACCAGAGCAAUCAAGGGGGGUGAUGGGAGAGGUGGAAAGUUUGUCAAAAACAGAUGUAGUCAUAAAAAAGUCAUCAAAGGCAUCAAAGUACACCCUUUUGGAGAUACAAGUAUUGUUGGGUAUUGUACAAAAUUAUUAGAUUUAGCCUUUUAAUCCUUCUCUGUCAGAAGUGUUGUUUGCUGAAUGUUGUAUUUCUUGUAGUUUGAUACUCAUAAGUGAUGGUCUCUAUCUCUGUGCUUGGUAAUUGACAUUCACUGUUUUGACUGGAUUUGCACUGUUGUGGAUGGAAAAAGUGCUCUGUGUUUGUAUAAUUCUUCAAGUUCCAAAAAUGGUGUCGACUCAGUGCAUGGUGUCGUAUCUGUGCUUUUUUUGAAACACAUUUUAACCUCUGAAAGUUUACAAAAAUCAUACUGCCCUGACUCAUUACUGACUAUUACAUGUACAGUAUAUUAUUUUUUUCUAAUCUAACUGGAACUAUAUUUUAAUGAGUAUUUCUAAUUCAGACACAGAUUCAGAAUAUAAUUUAGUGAAAUGUAUGUGUUAUAUUUAUUAUGACAAAUACAUUCAACUCAUGUCUGACAUUGAUCAUGUCAGAAAUUUGAAACACUUAAAGCAAUAGCUGUACUCUGCAAAAUACACUACACAAGGGUUGUUCAGGACAAAAGUACAGUAUGCAACCAUUGCAGCAUGUUUCUUUCCAGGGUUUUCACUUCUUUAUCACACUGCCAUAUUUAUUUAUUUAUUUGAAUAAUGUAAAGAAGGAGAUUUUCCCCCUCAUUAUAUAUGUUAUACCUCUCUAAAGCAUGGCCAGAGCAUCCAUUCACACUGCUAAAGCCCAGCAAAAAAGCACAUCAGCACCACAGUGAUAGUAGAUGAAUAGUGAAUGGUGGGCUCAUCUGUACAUAACUAAUAUUGAGCUUUAAAAUCACUUCAGUUUUCUACACAUUUUAAUUAAUUUGUGCAAUUCAUGUAUAGUACUAUUUAAUGGAUAAUGUCCGGUUGCUGUUUGUUUACAUUACUAUGACUUGUUCAACCCUGUUUCUUGACUUCCUCAGCAUGUUUCUUGCAUCAGUGUAAUAAAGCACAUUGAACAUCCAUGUAUGUACAACAGUCUGACAUCCAUGAUACAUGUGUAAAGGUCCAUUUUUACUGGCACUUGCAAUUAGGUCAUUAAUGUGGAUAUGUUACAGGCAUUCGUGUUAAUAAAUUGGCCCAUGUACAACCUGC